CCUCUUUGUUCAUUUCACUCUCUUUUGAGUUACAGUUAUUACAGUAAAGUGCCCUAUGUUGUCUAAUCAAUAAAAAGCUAAAUAGUAAAUUGACUUAUAAGUGAGUUAUUACCUGUUAUUAAUGCUUAUUACAAGCACCUUAAUAUAAAGUGUUACCCAGAGAGGAUUAUUUUAAUGUCUUCAUCUUUUCUAUCUUCUCACAUGUUCAAUUAUAGAUUUAGUAUAGUGUAUAGUGUGUAAAGUAAAGUCUGUGAAGGUGAAAGUGUCGUCCUCUGUUUUCAUGUCUCAGUGUCUCCCUGAGCUCGCCUCACACGUCAGGAUGAGUAAGAGGGGGAGGAGGAGGAGCAGCAGGAGGAGGAAGAGCUCCAGCAGCAGUAAACAGAGCGUCUCCCCGUACAUCUUUCACAAACACAGCCAGAGGAACAGCGUCAGCUACAGAGAUGACGUGGUGGAAAAAGGCGAAGCUGAUUCUCUCAGAAAGGAGAACGCUCCGUCAGGAUCCGAAGACGAGGACAAAAACAACAACGCUCCACCCAAAGAGAAAAGAUUCAAACAAGACGAUGACUCGUGUUCAGACACAAAGCAGAGAAGCGUUUAUACGAAGACAACGGAGGACACAGAGAGAGGAGUGAAGAUCGUAACGUCUAUCUCCGUUAACGACGAGGCCAACCCAAAGAUCACCUUCCUGCAGUCACAUCAACAUUUCUCUGGAAACAAAGACGACCCGAUGAGUCUGUCCGCUCCCAUCACCAACAUCAUGAACAUCAACUGUUCAGCAUCACAUGUGAGGCUGGAGAUCCACGAGCUGCUCCACAUGAACACGGCCGGGAUCAAGACCACCUUCCUGUUCAGGAACCAGAAGACCAACGCUGACCAGAUGAUUCAUAACACCAACGCUGACCAGAUGAUUCAUAACACCAACGCUGACCAGAUGAUUCAUAACACCAACGUUGACCAGAUGAUUCAUAACACCAACGCUGACCAGAUGAUUCAUAACACCAACGUUGACCAGAUGAUUCAUAACACCAACGCUGACCAGAUGAUUCAUAACACCAACGCUGACCAGAUGAUUCAUAACACCAACGUUGACCAGAUGAUUCAUAACACCAACGUUGACCAGAUGAUUCAUAACACCAACGCUGACCAGAUGAUUCAUAACACCGCCUGUGGGAAAUCAUGGACGGCAAACAACGAGUCCCACCAUGUGACCAACCACAGCUCAGACAACAGCUUCACCUUUGGGUCGGUUCACAGUGACUCAGCGUGCAUCAGUUCUGAUUCCGCCCACAGACUACAGAGGUCAGAGUUCAUGUUGGAGACUCCGCCACCUGUGUUCAGGUUGGGACCUGCAGGGAAGAGGAAACACUUCAAGAAGGGCGCCAGUGCUGAUGACUUCUGGGACAUCCCGCCCCCCCGAGAGUUCUCAGACCUCAGAGUGAAGGUUCUGGACGAGCUGACCCAGGACCUGUCCUCCUGCAGGCUCUCAGAGAGACCGCUGGAAGAGCUCCGCCCCCCACACAUCACCUGCCAGGACUAUAGCCAGUACUCUGAGGGACGCUCCCCGUCAUUCGAUCAGGUUUCAGAGCCUGACAGCUUCGAGCCGUCCCUCAUCAGACCGUCCCUGUCCACCAACAGGUCCAGCUUCACCAGAGACUUCAUCAGCGGGCAGCACAGGAAGUCCUGGAUCAGGAACAACAGCAUCGCUGCCGUGCGACACAGAACGUGCUCCAUUCCAAUGAAGAGACGGCAGACGUAUCCCGGGACAUCAGGGGGUCUCAGCCUGAACCAGGACCUCCUGGUGGCCUGUGCUGGAUCUUUGUCCUCCUUGAUGAUGAGCUAUGACGAUACAGAGAGUGCCCCCCCAGACGAGGACGGCGAGGACGGCGUCUCUGCUUUCAGAACAGGAAGUCUGAACUCUUUACACAGCCGGGGUUUGAAGCAGAUUCUGAUCGGCUCGUACUACCUGACCUCCUCUGACGAUGCGUUCACUGUCACUGAAGAAAGUGGAGGAGCAAGCAGCGUCAGGUACAACGUGAGAGACGUCAUGCAGAGCGUCUGUGUGGAUCACAGAGAGUUAGCAGACAGCGGCUUCGACCAGGAGAUGGGGGAGGGGGAGUGUCACAGCCUGUACCCCCCCACAGAGGAGGAGGAAGAGGAGGGGGAGGGGGAGUGUCACAGCCUGUACCCCCCCACAGAGGAGGAGGAGGAGGAGGAGGGGGAGUGUCACAGCCUGUACCCCCCCACAGAGGAGGAGGAGGAGGGGGAGGAGGAGGAAGAGCUGUGCAGGAGAUCCCUGAUGAUCCAGGUGAUCCCUCCAUCCUGCAGCGGCUCAGAGGAACACAUCCUGUCCCAUCCAGACCAGCAGGACUCACAUCUGUCUUCACCUGGACUCAGGAGGUCCUCAGGUAGCCCGGUCUCCGCAGGUGUCCUUCAGCAGAGACUCCUGCAAGUGGACGGGAGGCUGUCCCCGAGCGCCUGUUUGGACAAACAUCACAGCAAGUCUGCAGUAGACUCCCGCAAGAACUCCCUGAGCACACACGAGGACCCGGAGCAGACCUGUCCCCCUGAGUCUGCAGAGACCGAGGAGACGGAGGACGGACCUUCAGGGUCUGCAUCGAGUCCAGUCAGAGGGUCUGCAGAGUCCGGGGAGCAGCUGAGUCCGACCUGCAGAGCAGACAAACACACGACGUCCAGAACUGGAGAGCACCUGAAGCCAGGGGUCCACAAGGAGGCAGACUGCAAUGGAUCAGAUCACUGGGCCAAGAGGAGGAAACUGUUCAGAGAGAGCAAACAGUGGAGCUCUGCAGCAGGAAGCUCCAUCACCAGCUCCAUCACUGAGGAGUCAGUGUCAGAGGAGACUCGCUCCAUGGACGUCUCGGUAGGAGACGGCGAGGACCGAGGAUUCUACACAGAGACGUUUCACGCUUCAACCUGGAUCUAUCAGGGAGACGACAUCAGCUCAGGAUCCAUCCCCCCCAGUCUGAACACCAGGACCAGAGCCGUGUCCAUUCGAGAGAGGACGGUGAGGAUCAGUAAAGGGGCAGGAGAGUACCCCUGGGGCUUCAGGAUCCAGUUCUCAAAACCCAUCGUGGUGACUGAGGUCGACACAAACGGAGCAGCAGAGGAGGCCGGUCUAAUCGUAGGAGACUACGUCCUCGCUGUUAACGGGACCGAUGUGACGAGCAUCCCUCACUCUGAGGCCGCCGAGCUCGCACGACAAGGUCCAGAUGAUCUGACGUUGACCGUUGGCUCAGAUAUCGCUCGCUGUCCUAACACCCCCCGCCCGGCUUGUCGAGGUUACCUUCACAAGCGCACCCAGUCGGGUCUGAUUAAAGGCUGGAGGAGGAGGUGGUUCGUCCUCACACAUGACUGCUGCCUUUACUACUACAGACACAAGCGGGAUGAGGGGAAGGGGCGGGCUCUGUUGGGGGUGAAGCUGGAGGGGGCCGAGGUGGGAGCUGAUGUCUCUCUGGGGAAACCGUUUGUGUUCAAGUGUCGACCUCAGAGUGGGAAUCGAGUGUUCUUCUUCUGCGCAAUGUCCAACCAGGAGAUGAAGAGGUGGCUUGAAGCGAUGGAGAAAGCUGUUCUCCCCAUCACACAGAAACAUGUGUGGGUGGAUGUGACCCUACAUAACUCAAGCCUGCCCCCGCUGGCCGUGAAGAGCCCUGAGUGUUUGGGACUUCUUCAUAAGAUGGACAAAAGCAGAGACAUGUGGGUGCAGCACUACUGCAUCCUGAAGGACGGCUGUCUGUCUCUGUACAGUGGGAUCAGAGCCACACACGCACAAGGUGGGAUCUACCUGCAGGGUUACCAGGUGAGAGAGCAGCCGUACGGAUCAAAGAAAUCCACCAUCGAGCUGAAACCUCCGUGUGAUGAGUUCAAGACGUUUUACCUGUGUGCUGAAAACCCCAACGAGAACAAACGGUGGAUCAUCGCUCUGAGAGCGUCCAUAAAGAAGUGGCUUCCUCUCCAUCAGGCCCUGCAGGACUACAUGAGCCGCCUCCCAGAGGAGACCAGGAUGUGACCCUCUGUCCGACCCCACCUGAAGACCACAACCACCUGAGGGUCCAGUACAUCCACCUUCCCUUAUAUUUUGCACUUUCUGUUCACUGUAAUAAUUAUAAAUACGUUCAGAACUGUCAUUUCUGUUGCUUUUCUUUGACACCCCCUCCCCCCUCCCUCCCUCCCUCCCUCCAGCACCUUACCUGAGCUGUCAGGUGAUUCUGACAGUUUGGGACUGAACAUAUUGUGCCAUAGGCCUUUUCAAAUUGAGAGUUUAAUGAAAUUUUGUGAUGAUACUUCAGCAUGUUCACUUAUUCCAUUUAAUUUAAACUCAUCCUACUUGAUUCAAAGCCUGUCAUCUUUUUUGUUUAUGAUUUGAACUUUUAUAUUUGACGUGUUUUUCUACAUUUAGAAGAUGAAUGUCAUAUCCUGAUUUUUAUAUACUCUCACACAUUUGAAUGCAUCGUUAUGUUAGUCAAUUCUGUGUUCAUAUCCUCCUUCUUUUGUCUGAUGUUUGCACAAUAUUUCUGAUUUCUAAACUUCAGCAGACACGGCUCAUCACAACACGAGCUGAAUAACAGAUUUAUACAUUUAUAAACCUUAACACAACAUAUGAUGUCAUUUAUACUUGUAUUAAAAAAACAGAAUAAAAUUAA